AUGUCUGCGGUGCCGAGCCCCACGGUCAACGGCUCGUCUGCCCAGCAUCAGCCAUUGCGCUCUGCCCUCAAAAAUGAAGAUGACGUUGAUCGCCCAUGUCCUUCGAGCGGCUCUCUUAAAGCUGUCCAGAUCGCCGAACCCGAAUCCGAAAUUCAAACUCUCGAGGAUGACUCCCAGCCUACCAAGCAAUUCCCUACCAACCUCAGACGACGCCUGAGUGGUAAACCUCUGCCCUCUCCUCUUCCCAACAACUCCUCUAGGUCUUCCUUCAGCGACAGUCCUUCUGGCAGCCGGCCUGAAGAGACACCUCCUACUUCGAACCCCUCUUCGAACCACCACCAUGGCCAUGGCCAUGGCCACCGCGGUCAGUAUUAUAGUGAGAAACUACUCGCCCAGGUCGGAGAUUGGUUAGAGCAUGAACGGGCCAAGGCACGCGCGAAGAAGUCCAAGAAAACGCACCGCAGGCGCAAGUCCAAAUCGCCAACUAAGGAUACGAAGGGAGAAACUGUCGCGGAUGCCGUUCCAGAACCUCAAGCACCCGCACAAGGCAGUAAUGGACGGCCUCGCUCCGAUUCUCUCGACUCUGACUCAAGCGAUAUUUCUUUUGAUCGGCUUCAGCGUAUUCUGGAGGAAUCCUUAUCUCACAUGGGUCUCAACUCUCUGCCUCAUCUGACUCCUAGAGUAUCCCGCCCCAAGCAUCGAAAGGUCCCAUCUCGAUCCUCUCUUCGUGGUCUUUCUUCCGACACUGAAUAUGCCGAUGGGGAUGCCGUUGUACCCAGCUGCGAUGUCUGGCUUGACAACUCUAAGACGAUGAGCUACGGAGGUGGAGCCGCCGAUGAUGAAGAUCAGGAUCCAGCUGAUGCUGAUACAAAAGCUGAUAAGGAGAAGGAAUACUGGCUUAGCUUCAAGAACGAAAUCAUUCGCAUUGCCCAUACAUUGCGACUCAAAGGAUGGAGGCGUAUUCCCCUUGGUGGCGGCGAUAAGAUCUCCGUUGAGAGGCUUAGUGGUGCCUUGACCAACGCUGUCUACGUCGUCACGCCACCGAAGGAAAUCGAUGAGGCAGAGGGCAAAAGAAAGCCUAAAAAGGUCCUUCUACGCAUCUAUGGACCACAAGUAGAGCAUCUCAUUGACCGAGACAACGAACUGUCAGUCCUGCAGAGAUUGGCACGCAAGAAAAUCGGACCUCGUCUGUUGGGAACAUUCAAGAAUGGUCGUUUCGAGCAGUACUUUGACUCUAUCACGCUUACGCCGGCGGACCUUCGAGAUGCCGACAUGUCCCGUCAGAUCGCUAAGCGAAUGAGGGAGCUUCACGAUGGUAUUGAUUUGCUCCCACAUGAGAGGGAAGGCGGACCAGCAACAUGGAAGAGUUGGGAUCAAUGGCUUGAUAAUGUCGAGCGAAUCGCAACUUACCUUGAUAAUGAGUACGAGAAGGAAGCUCAAGCCCAAAACGGUCGACGCGACUCUGUGGUGCAUGCCUGGAAAUCGAGAGGCUAUGUGUGCGGCACCCCUUGGCCUCAGUUCAGGGACAUGAUGACCAAGUACAGAGUUCAUCUCAACAGUUUCUACAAGGGGGGCCAACGAGAGAUCAAGGACAGUCUCGUCUUUGCCCACAGCGAUACGCAAUAUGGAAAUAUCCUCCGCAUUCGCCCGGAUGACGAAAAGUCACCCCUGCUUCAGGCUGCCAACAAACACAAGCAACUCAUCGUCAUUGACUUUGAAUAUGCGGGCCCUAAUACUCGUGGUCUUGAGUUUGCCAAUCACUUCAACGAAUGGACAUACAACUACCAUGAUGCUACGGUGCCUUGGGCGUGCGAUGUGCGACGAUAUCCCACCCCGGAUGAGCAACGCCGUUUCAUCAAGGCCUAUGUCGAUCACCGCCCUCGGUUCCAAGGCAGCAACUCCACCCCUCGACUGGCGCCAUCUGAUAGCAACGUGUCGAGCGCCAUGUCUACGCCACUUGCGACACCUUCCAACCCUCCUGCGAGCAGCUCAAGCUCCAUCGUCGAGUUCAUGCUUGAUGCGCGAGUACCACCAGGAGGAUGGAGCGCCGCGGAACGGGCCAACGACGAACGAAGCGACCAGCGCGUGCGAGAGUUGUUGGAGGAGACUCGACAGUGGCGCCCGGCCAAUCAUGCUCACUGGAUCGCGUGGGGCAUUGUGCAGGCCAAGAUCCCAGGUCUCGACGAAACCAUCAAGGAAGAAGACCUGCUGAGUCCUGAUGAGUUCGAUUACUUGAGCUACGCCCAGGAUCGGGUCAUGUUCUUCUGGGGUGACUGCGUGCGCAUGGGACUUGCUAAGCGGGAGGAGCUUCCUCCCCUGCUGCAGCAGUCUAUCAAGACUGUUGAGUACUAA